ACCAGCAGAGCCCGCUAAUUAGUUCCCACCCAAACAAAUAAACAAAGCACAGCGGGACCUCCUUCCCCAGCUCGGACGGAAACGUUUCGCCCCUCUGUGCGGACAUCUGCUCCACCCACCGAGCAUCCUCCAGCCGUUUCUCUAACGACCGGUCGGUAGUUUCCGUCACUGCGCAACUGCGGAGCCCGUUUAGCCGCCGCCGCCGCCGCCAUCCCGUGCCCAGCGACCACCCCCAGCUCUUCCACCCGCUGCGGGACAGCGAUGACGAGCCAGCUGCUGGACACCCUGUCAGCCGCGAAACGGGUCUGGUAGGCGGCCGUAAGAAGAGUCUCGGCUCCCUGCUGGAAGACGGACGUGACCGGAUGUUGAGGUUGUUGUUUGGGGGAAGCUAACGGCCAGCACACUCAGCAGCCUGGUGACGACCCGAUAAAUCAACCCGCCGCCCCGUCACCAUGAGCGCCAUGCGCGUGGACGCCAAAGUGGUGAUGCUGGGGAAGGAGAGCGUCGGCAAGACGAGCCUGGUGGAGCGAUACGUUCAUCAUCGGUUCCUGGUGGGCCCCUACCAGAACACCAUCGGUGCUGCUUUUGUUGCCAAACCAAUCCAAGUUGGAGACAAAGUGAUAACUCUGGGAAUAUGGGACACGGCUGGAUCGGAGCGUUACGAGGCCAUGAGCCGAAUCUAUUACAGAGGAGCUCGAGCCGCCGUGGUCUGUUACGAUCUGACUGACAGCAGCAGCUUCCAGAGAGCAAAGUUCUGGGUGAAGGAGCUGCAGAACUGUGAGGAGCACUGUAAGAUCUACCUGUGCGGCACUAAGAGCGACCUGAUCGAAGGAGACCGCAGCCUGCGCCAGAUCGACUACCACGACACCCAGGACUUCGCAGAAGAGAUCGGAGCACAAUAUUUUGAGACUUCCAGUAAAACAGGAAAGAAUGUGGACGAGCUCUUCCAGAAAGUAGCUGAGGAUUACAACAGCUCUGCUUUCCAGUUUAUGACAGAGGAAACGGGUGUCGACUUGGAUCAGAAGAAAGACUCAUAUUUUUACACCUGCUGCCAUAACAACUGAUCGGAGCACCAGUAACAGCGGAAAGAGAAGAGCCGCCUUCCCUGGAGUCAAAGCUGGAUGUGCUGGCAGCAAAUCACGCGAACAGACACCAAACUGUGCUAUCCAUACCUUUUUUUAUAACGUGGUAAUUUCUUUUGUGCCAUAAGGAGCUAAGUAAGGAAGAUUUGCUGCUCUGAAGCUGAUACAAGGGGUAAAGACACUUGUGUUUUAUCAAAUGGUCACUUCUCGAUUGCUCACAGGGAAUCAAACCUCCCUAAAGCUGCUGUCAGAGAUGGGAAGGCUGAAACAGGCCAAUCUGGACUGACUGAGGAGAAAAAGUCCACCAAGUCAAUUUAACGUUCAGGGGGUGGAGGGUUAUAUUUAAGUUAUAUUUAAUCCUGUUGUUGAAGCUGUCUUCAGAUGUUUUCAGAGUAAGCUGACCAGACAGAAUACACUAAUAUGUUAACUUCGAUGGAAAAGUACUGAGGCCUUGAUGUCAACAGUAUGAGGAUGGUUUGUGUUUACAUGCAAAAAGCUUCACAUUGUUGGUGUUUACGACGUUUUCUGCCACAUGACAGCCAUGGAUGUACGAGGAAAAACCGACACUCAGCCAUCGUUAAUCUCACACUGGUAUAAAAUUCAUGUUUCCUGACAGAAAGAAAACUGCACCUCCAGACAAAGUAAACUAUUAUAGGAUUGUUUUUCAGUUUAUUUUCUCUGUUGGCAAGAAUAUACCUUGGUAAAAUGGUAAUGAACGAAAGAACCUAGAAGAGUCUAUGGCAAUUUAUGACUUCUAAAACAUGCUUAAAAUUUCUAAAGUUAUUUUAUGCCAACACAGGAGCCAAACACUAAUGCACGUUUUGACUGUGCAGCACAGCAACGAGCUAUUUAGCUCUUUAUAAUAUGAAAUACCCGAUGCAUUAAAUGUUGCACUACAAGUUGUGAGUUUUGUCAAAAGGUAGAAAAAGAAAAGUUUCUAAUUUCUGCACAUGGAUUGCAUGAUCUAAGCUGCCUGAAAGGAAACGGAUGCUGAAAUCUGACUGACGGGUUUGGAGGAAACAUUAUAUUUAACAAAGACGAUCAAAGUUCUCCUACGGUGCGCUGACAAACAGGAAGAGCGCGCCUCGUGGUGAAUGCUGUGAUGUGUCACCGACUGUCUUUGCUCAUUAUGUUUUCAGAGUUUACCGUUUGGUUUGCUAAUUUAUUGCCUUUUAAGUUGUGCUGCAAGGUGAACCUUUGUUCAUGUUUUGGUGUUUCAUGAAAUUUUGAUGCACAAUAUUUUUUAUUAAAGGCUGUUAAAGUUGUCCUGAU